AUGUACAAUAUUCUCGCGCGUUUAACAAGGCUAUUGGCCGCUCGUCCAUUGAGCGGGGAGAUCACGACAGACAGUACUGUGCGCUUUACAUCGCUUCGUGGUAGAGUCUCUUGGCACCUAGCUCGACCCAUUUGUGCCAAACCCAGCUUUCGUAACCUGACGUUCGCGGCAUCCAAUUCAACGCUAGUCCGAAAUUUUUCUUCGCUCACCCGUCCGAACGACGACAGGUCGCACACUCGACCAAAACGAAUAGUUGUCGGUAUCACUGGUGCAACUGGAGCAGCAUAUGCCAUACGACUCCUCGAGGUUCUUCGCGACUUGGGGGUCGAGACCCACCUCAUCAUGAGCAAAUGGGCUCUCGCAACCCUCAAAUAUGAAACAGACUUGACAGAACAACACAUCCGAGGAUUAUCCCACACGAAUUACACUGGUAAAGACCUGUCCGCGCCGAUCUCGUCUGGCUCUUUCCAACACGAUGGUAUGAUAAUCGUCCCUUGCAGCAUGAAGACGCUGGCGGCUGUGCGGAUCGGCUAUUGUGACGACCUAAUUGCUAGGUCUGCCGACGUCACCUUGAAGGAAGGUCGAAAGCUUGUCAUGGUCGUACGCGAGACCCCGCUCUCCGAGAUCCAUCUUGAGAAUAUGCUGUUUCUCCGCCAAGCUGGCGCAAUCAUCUUUCCGCCUGUACCGGCGUUUUACACCAAACCCAAGGGUCUGGCCGACGUGGUCGAACAAAGCGUUGGAAGGAUGCUGGAUUGCUUUUCUAUACAUACCGACGGUUUCAAGAGGUGGUCCGGGUUUGAAAGAGCCAAGCCAUCAAAGGACGGCACAAACAACAGUGGAUAA